CGAGAGUGUUGUUGCCAAGGUUGUCUUGGGCGAACUCGGGGUGGCGGGGCAGGAAGACCCGGGAUUGGAGGCUGGAGCAGGGUCGGGACUUGUGCUUCACUCGGCCCGGCGUCCCGGGGCGCUCUUGGCGUGCUCGACCCAAAGCGACGCUGUUUUCAUUUUCUUUAUUCCCUUCCCACACACUUCAGGGUCUCAAGCAACCCAGACUGGUCUUGAAUGGUUAUGUAGUUGAGGCCACCCUUGAGCAUCUGAUCCUCUUGGCUUCUCCUUCCUAUCGCUGAGAUGGUAGGCUGGAGACAGUUGUUUGGGUGCCAACAUCAACAACUGAUUUCUGUAGUUUAGCGUUUAUGACCCUGGCGUGAAGAUUUCAGGUCUGGAUUAAGCCUGUUGACUUCUCCAGCUACUUCUAAAUUUUUGUGCAUAGGUGCUCUGGUCUCUGUUGCUGCUUAGUUCUUCCAGCCUUCUUCAAUGCCAGUUUUAUAAUAUGCAGGUCUCUCCCUCAGUAAUCCAGGAUGGCUACUCUGAUCUUUGUUGAUAAGGAUAACGAAGAGCCAGGCAGCCGUUUGGCAUCUAAGGAUGGAUUGAAGCUGGGCUCUGGUGUCAAAGCCUUAGAUGGGAAAUUGCAGGUUUCAACGCCACGAGUCGGCAAAGUGUUCGGUGCCCCAGGCUUGCCUAAAGCCAGCAGGAAGGCUCUGGGAACUGUCAACAGAGUUACCGAAAAGCCAGUGAAGAGUAGUAAACCCCUGCAAUCGAAACAGCCAACCCUGAGUGUGAAAAAGAUCACCGAGAAGUCUACUAAGACACAAGGCUCUGCUCCUGCUCCUGAUGAUGCCUACCCAGAAAUAGAAAAGUUCUUCCCCUUCGAUCCUCUAGAUUUUGAGAGUUUUGACCUGCCUGAAGAGCACCAGAUCUCACUUCUCCCCUUGAAUGGAGUGCCUCUCAUGAUCCUGAAUGAAGAGAGGGGGCUUGAGAAGCUGCUGCACCUGGACCCCCCUUCCCCUCUGCAGAAGCCCUUCCUACCGUGGGAAUCUGAUCCGUUGCCGUCUCCUCCCAGCACCCUGUCCGCUCUGGAUGUUGAAUUGCCGCCUGUUUGUUACGAUGCAGAUAUUUAAACGUCUUACUCCUUUAUAGUUUAUGAGCACGGUGGUAUUUUCCAGACGGGGACUUUAAGUGUGAGAUCACAGCCGACUGCAUGCAGAAGCAGCUCCAAGAAUCCAGCUGUUAAGGAGACCUGAAAGUGUGGUCAGCAACACCGGCCUCCUCACCCACUUGUUUCCUUUGAGAAGAGGAUUGUCUUUCAUAGACUAUUUUGUGUUGACACUAACAGGCUUAUUAUAGCCAUGUUUCAAUUAAUUAGCAACUGUUUAAAAGAAUUCCUCAGGUUUAUUUUUUUUAAUCACUAUACACAUCGAUGGAAUCCUUACAAAUAAAAUCUUUUGUGGUCUUUAGUAA